AUGACUCGGAAAAAAUUAAUUUUAAUUUUUUAUUUAUUCUUUUUUUCGCUUCAAAAUGUUCCUUGUCAAAAAAGUCAAGGAUUUUCAGGGAGAGUUUCAAGAAUUAGUUCAAUUUCUGCUGAGUCUAUGCGAAAUUAUGAAUUUUCUGGAUUUAAAACAGAUAGAGUUGUGGCAGAAGAAUAUGUUCAAAAAUUGGUUGGGAAAACCCAAUAUUUUAUGCCUGAAAUGAUUGAAGCUGAUAUUUAUUGUAAUGAUAAAUUAUCGAAAAAAGAAAAGGAAGGGGAGGCUAUAGAAGAACCUGAAAAUUCAAAAAAGGAUUUAAAUGGGUGUAAAUCUAUUACCUCAAAAGAUAAAACUGUUGGAAAAAUAUUAGAAUAUAUUUAUUUACAAAAAAAGAAAAUGUCAGAGAAUAUGAGAGAACAAUUUGAGAAUGUUUUGAUGCCGACAAAUAUUAAAUGCAAAAUUGGGUUCCCUUUACCAAAAAAUAUUUUUGGAAAAGCAUUCCUUCUCGAUUCGGCUUUGUCUUUUUCGGAAGACGAUUUGAAAGAAUUGGUAGUUGGUAAAGAGAAAAUGGUUUACGAGAAACCAAAAGUGGAUGGUGAAGAGGAAAAGGAGGAAGAGGACAACAAUGAUGAUGACGACGAUGAUGAUGAUGAGGGAGAUGUCCAAUUAAGUACAUAUGUAUUAUUAGAAGCUAUAUAUAAAGGAAGUAGAGGAUUCGAGGCAAAGAUUAAAAGAUAUUGGAAAAAGAAUAUGUGA